GGAUAAAAUAAACCACCACACUGCCCCAUCGAUUUCAAAAUCGCACGGAAUUUGAUAACAAGAAAGAAAAAUUCAAAUUCACCCAACACACAAACACACCACUCUUCUUCGUCGAUUCAAUUCAAUUCUUCUUCCUCGUUUUCUUUUUCCAGUUCUUGAACUCACUCCAGCUAGCUGAAUUCUACAAAAUUUCAAAUUCCGAAAAAGCCCUUUUCUUCUACCGAAAUGCCGAACCCUUCUUCUUCUUCUUCUUCUUCUGUGUAGCCGCCACCAACCCCCACCACCCGCCACCGAUCUCCGUUUAAGAUGAUCGUCCGCACCUACGGUCGCCGCAAAGGAACCCUCUCGGGAACGUGCUCGGGCUCCUCUUCCUUAAACGGCGACGUUUCCGAGCCAUUCAGGGAUUCCUUAUCUCAGGAGAUUGACGACCCUGUCUGUGGCUUCGCGUUCUCCUCGCAGGACUCGUCCUCGCAGCAUUGGUCCUUCUUCGAUUCGGAGAUCGACGACUUCGGCGGCGGCGCAGGCGGCGCAAGGGAGUCGAAGAGGGCGAAGCGGGCGGUGGCGGAGGGGAUUCCGGCGACGUCGACGCUGAUGGAAGCGCAGGAGUUCGGAGAGAUGAUGGAGCACGUCGACGAGGUCAAUUUCGCCCUCGAUGGGCUUCGGAAGGGUCAGCCUCUGCGGAUCAGAAGGGCCAGCUUGGUGUCGCUCUUGACAAUUUGCGCCACCACGCACCAGAGAAGGCUCCUCAGGACUCAAGGGAUGGCAAAGACAAUAAUUGAUUCUAUUUUGGGCCUCAGUCUUGAUGAUUCUCCCAGCAAUCUUGCAGCUGCAACCCUUUUCUACGUUUUGACUGGUGAUGGCCAAGAUGAUCACCUCCUUGAAUCACCUGGUUCUAUUCAAUUUCUGAUGAAGUUGGUAAAACCAAUUAUCUCCUCAGCUAUUAAAGACAAAGCACCAAAAUUUGGCUAUAAACUUCUAUCAUUGCGUCAGAAUGAUGACAUGCUGAAAAAUACGAAUACAACGGGAAGAUUGGACUCCAGUUCUGCAGAAGUUUUUUCUAGAGUUCAAGAAAUUCUAGUAAAUUUCAAAGAGCUGAAAACAUGUCAGAAUGACAGUAGGGUGGAGAGGCCAGAGUUAUGCCCAAAAUGGUUAGCAUUGCUGACUAUGGAGAAGGGUUGUUUGUCUGCCAUUUCUCUUGAUGAAACCAGUGGUGCUGUACGGAAGGCUGGUGGAAAUUUCAAGGAAAAAUUAAGGGAGCAUGGAGGACUUGAUGCAGUCUUUGAAGUCACCAUGAAUUGUCAUUCAGAUUUGGAGAAUUGGAUGAAGGAUAGUUCUCUGUCUACCAAAGAUUUAAGAAAUGACAAACGAAUCAAGAGCCUAACUUUGCUUCUCAAGUGCUUGAAGAUAAUGGAAAAUGCAACUUUCCUAAGCAAUGGCAAUCAGACUCAUUUGCUUGGAAUGAAAAGAAAAUUGAGUCCUCAGGGACCCCCAACUUCAUUUACGGAGCUGAUUAUAACUGUCAUAAAAAUCCUCUCAGGUAAUGAUCACUCAAAGGAUCUAUGUUUACAUCGAAGUGCCUCUGCUGCAUCCAAUGAUAACAAGCCUUAUGAUCCCUUCUCUAUGACCAGUCAUGAUUCUGAACUGGAUCAGCUCAGAGACUAUAAAGAGAAUGAGACUUUAUCCAUCAGUUCCACUGGAAAGUACCACGGUGUGGAGAGAGCCUCUUCUGUUAAGAGUUCUAAUGCUUCUCAGAUCAACCGAAUAUUGACAUGUAAUCGGUUGGAAAGUUCGCUAUCCAUUUCUGAAACUCCCAGCACUUCAACUACUGAUACUUAUUCACUAAAGACGAGGGUCAGUUCUUCCAUGUCUGGGUCUUGUAGUGGUGCAUCUAAGAGUUCAUACUGUAAAACAUCCACGAUUCAAAAUAGUUCUGGGAAGAAUGUUCGCUUUAUGGAAGGUACCCCAGUUGUAAUAUUGGAUGAUAGCCAAGAUCCCUUUGCAUUUGAUGAGGAUGACUUUGCACCCUCUAAGUGGGAUCUAUUAUCAGGAAAACAAAAAAAAUCUCAUUCUAAAAAGCAUCUGGUAGCAAACAGAGAGUUUGAAAAUGAAUGUCAAUCUCACACCAAUGUGAGCCAACGAGAAUUAAGUAAUGGAGACAUCAAUUGUUCCAGUUCUGAUGUUGGUGAUGAAAAAGAUUCCAGCCUUCUAGCUGACUGCCUUCUUACUGCUGUAAAGGUGCUGAUGAAUUUGACCAAUGACAACCCUGUUGGCUGUCGGCAAAUUGCUAACUAUGGAGGAUUGGAGACUAUGUCUAUGUUAAUUGCUGGUCAUUUCCCUUCUUUCAGUUCAUCGUCAUCCUUUGCUCAAAUAAAGGAAAAUGGUGCAGGAACGACAAAAGAUCAUCAAUCCGAUAGGCAUCUGACUGAUCAUGAGUUAGAUUUCCUUGUUGCUAUUCUGGGCCUGCUUGUAAACCUGGUCGAGAAGGAUGGUCAUAACAGAUCACGACUUGCAGCAGCCAGUGUUCUGCUACCUUCCUCAGUAAGCUUGCACCAGGAGGUUCGGAAGGAUGUUAUUCAAUUAUUAUGCUCCAUUUUCUUGGCUAACCUGGGUGAAAGUGAAGGAGCUGGGGAAGAUAAACAUUUGCAACUGAAUGAUGAGGCAGCUGUUCUACAAGGUGAAAAAGAAGCUGAGAAAAUGAUUGUGGAAGCUUAUUCUGCGCUGCUUCUAGCAUUUCUUUCCACUGAAAGUAAGAGCAUCCGUGCAGCAAUUGCUGACAAUCUUCCAGACCAGAACUUAGCAAGUCUUGUACCUGUGUUGGACAGAUUUGUGGAAUUCCAUCUAUCAUUGAACAUGAUUUCGCCGGAGACUCAUAAAGCUGUUAGUGAGGUCAUUGAAUCGUGUAGAAUUCGAUGAAAGCUCAAAGGGAAACUCUGUACAGCCACGGCAUAAUUUAGGGUUUGUUGUUAUUCCGGAGGAAAUGGGACUCUGUUACACGAGUCUGACCAACUUUUAUUCUCUGCUCACAGCGCUUAUACCCUUAUUCUUGUAUUACCAUGCUGGUGAUGACGCUGAGUUGUUUGUAUACAAAAAAAUCAAUAGUGAGAUACGUACCUAGCAUAGUUUGUGUGUAAUCAAUAGUGGUAAUUUUUUUUUCAAUAUUCUUGUUUAUUCAUUCAUUUUCUUGUAUUGGACUUUGUUUCAAGUGCCCAAGUCCCUUUGUUUCGGAAGCUAGCUAGCUGGAUUAGUCAGUCUUGUUUAAUGUUAAAUACCAGUGGAGAUUUGUGCGUUAACAAUUCUCAUUCUAAGCCAAGUUUUGUUGAUAUUCAACAUUGUGAAACGUUAGUGGAGGGAAAAAUAAAACUUGCAUGAAAUUACUAUGGAGUUGUUUUUCA